GCGGGCCGCGCGCUGGACCCGCGGUCCCCGCCGGCCAGGGGCGCAGCGGCUCGGGGCGCACCGGAGCGGGCGGGCGGCGGCGGGCGACACUUCGGCGGGCGACAUGGCGGUGUCCUGGAGGAGCUGGCUGGCCAACGAGGGGGUGAAACACCUCUGCCUGUUCAUUUGGCUGUCCUUGAAUGUCCUGCUUUUCUGGAAAACUUUCCUGCUGUACAACCAAGGGCCAGAGUAUCACUACCUCCACCAGAUGUUGGGGCUAGGAUUGUGUUUAAGCAGAGCCUCUGCAUCUGUUCUCAACUUCAACUGCAGUCUUAUUCUUCUACCCAUGUGCCGGACACUCCUGGCUUUUCUGCGAGGGUCGCAUAAGAUCCCAAGCAGAAUGACCAGAAGAAUUCUGGACAAAAGCAGGACUUUUCACAUCACCUGUGGGGUCACCAUCUGUAUUUUCUCAGGUGUGCAUGUGGCUGCCCAUCUAAUAAAUGCCCUCAACUUCUCAGUGAACUACAGUGAAGAUUUCGUUGAACUGAAUGCAGCGAGAUACCGACAUGAGGAUCCUAGAAGAAUUCUCUUCACAACUGUUCCGGGCCUGACAGGAGUCUGCAUGGUGCUUGUGCUGUUUCUCAUGGUUACAGCUUCUACCUAUGCAAUAAGAAUUUCCGGUUAUGACAUCUUCUGGUAUACACAUAACCUCUUCUUUAUCUUCUACAUGCUGCUGGUGUUGCAUGUUUCAGGAGGCCUGUUGAAGUACCAGACUAAUUUAGAUACCCACCCUCCUGGCUGUAUUUAUCUCAACCAAACUGGAUACCCCGAAGUUGUACUGGGGAACCUCCCACAACACUUUCCUGACUCUUUGCCCAGAGGGUUUUCCAAACCAGAAGAGCUUGUUCAGAACACAUUUGUGAAGAUUUGUAUGGAAGAGCCCAGAUUCCAAGCUAACUUUCCACAGACAUGGCUUUGGAUUUCUGGACCUUUGUGCCUGUACUGUGCUGAAAGACUUUACAGGUGCAUCCGGAGCAACAAGCCUGUCACCAUCAUCUCCAUCAUCAGUCACCCAUCUGACGUCAUGGAAAUUCGAAUGGUCAAAGAAAAUUUUACAGCCAGACCUGGCCAGUACAUUACUCUACAUUGUCCCAGUGUGUCUGCAUUAGAAAACCAUCCAUUUACACUCACAAUGUGUCCAACUAAAACAAAAGCAACGUUUGGGGUCCAUCUUAAAAUAGUAGGAGACUGGACAGAACGAUUCCGUGAUUUACUACUGCCUCCACCUAGUCAAGAUUCUGAGAUUCUGCCCUUCAUUCAAUCUAGAAAUUACCCCAAGCUGUACAUUGAUGGUCCAUUUGGAAGUCCAUUUGAGGAAUCCCUGAACUAUGAGGUCAGCUUCUGCGUGGCUGGCGGCAUUGGAGUGACUCCAUUUGCAGCAGUACUCAACACCCUUAUGGAUGACUGGAAAUCGUACAAGCUUAGAAGACUGUAUUUUAUUUGGGUGUGCAGAGACAUCCAGUCCUUCUCCUGGUUUGCAGACUUACUCUGUACAUUGCAUAACAAGUUUUGGCAGGAAAAUAGACCUGACUAUAUCAACAUCCAGCUGUACCUCAGUCAAACAGAUGGGAUACAGAAAAUAAUUGGAGAAAAAUACCAUGCACUAAAUUCAAGGCUUUUUGUUGGACGCCCUCGAUGGAAGCUUUUGCUCGAUGAAGUAGCAAAAUGUAACAGAGGCUGCUUUCCACGCCUCAUCUUUCCUGAUCUGCCUUGCUUCUGUUGUCAAUUGUUGAAGUGUUGCACAUGAAGAAAAUGAAAUUGUUUUCAUUGUGUUUCUUUUCUCUGGAAAGAGAGUCUUCAGUAAUCAGUAAGUUCCUGUUUUAUUGUCUCUUGUUUUGUUCUUCCUCGUGCUGAGGCCAGAUCUCAGCCUCACAAGAGCUUUGCUAAAAUCACCCCUUGUCUAAGACCCUCAGCACUGAUUUUCUUUAAAUACUGAAUUCGUUUCUCAGCAAUACUGGAAUCUCACACAGGGUCUCAUUUCAGUCUUGCUAGAUGGACCCCCCCCCCCACUGUUUAUGUUAAAAAAUAUUUUAAGUUGUUGCAUGGAUACAUUACUCCAAAGGAAGAAGAAAUGAUUAACUUUGGAUUGAAUAUUAGAAACUAAAUAUUUAUUUUGCUUCAACAUAUUGUUUCCAAAACAACACAAAUGUAUAUAUUCCAAGAAAGUGACAUCUGUAAGCAAACAGGAAUAUCUAUCCUUGUAUCUACCAAAGAAGACGUCAAACCAAAAUUAAAAGGAGGAAGACAGUCACUACAUGUUGGUAAGGGAAGCAACACAUAAUGAAGGUAUUAAGAGAUUAAGUAUGUAUAACUAGUGUUGAUCAAAAGGAGUUAAGAUAUGUA